CCAACGAAAAUCAGUUGGACAGAGUUGGCCUUCGAGAUAACUCAGCUCCUUCCUUUGCUACUUGUGUGACUGCCUUUUUUGGACAGUUUCUUGUUUACUGACCAUUUCUCCUCAACUUUCAUCCUCUUUCAAAGGUGACAGGAUUGGUGCUGUUCUCUUUCCGGAGCAAGUCCUGACAUCCUUGGUCAUCUCAAGCAUUGCACUCUCUUCCUGAGAGAGGAAAUGGCCACAGCAGGGAAUGACUCCUUCAUUGCCGAGGGAAUGACUCCGCCACAAAGGAUCCUCUUUCCCCCGGAGAAGAUUUGCAUGGUCUGGCAGCAAAGACAGAGUGCUGGAGCAGGACUCCGCAAUGUGGGCAACACGUGCUUCCUCAAUGCUGUCCUGCAAUGCCUGACAUACACCCCGCCGCUGGCCAACUAUCUGCUCUCCCGGGAGCACAGCCGGGCCUGUCGCCAACAAGGCUUCUGCAUGAUGUGCGUCAUGGAAGCGCACGUUAACAAGGUCCUGCAUUCCUCAGUCGGUGCCAUCCUGCCUUUGGCUGUUCUCAGGGGUUUCAGAUUCAUAGGAGAACAUUUUCAGCUUGGCAGGGAGGAAGAUGCCCAUGACUUCUUCUGCUGUACUCUCAAUGCCAUGCAGAGAGCUUGUCUGAGUGCAAGCAACGACUUGGACGUAUCUUCUCAAUCUACUACCAUUGUCCAUCAAAUAUUUGGAGGCUUUCUGAGAUCCAGAGUCAUCUGCUCCAGCUGCAAAGCCGUUUCUGAUUCCUAUGAGGCCUUCCUGGAUGUCCCUUUGCAUAUCAAAGUAAGAGGUUUUGCAGUUGUGCUUCAAGACAUCGCAAGGCUUUUCAGAGUCAACACAUUUGUCCCGAAAGCAUAUACUGUGAACACAAGAGGUCUUGGUCGUGGAUGGCAAGGGGAAUGGAUGUUGUCCUCCUGCAGAGGCCAUGGCACUCGUCUCUCUGGAGGUGCCGGCUUUAAGCUGGACAAGCACCCAUUAUGCUCUCUGGAGGUCUCCAUUGCCCCUGAGAACCUCUGGGACAGGGGAAAUGUUCAGCACCACACUCUCUUUCUGGCUCCUUCUGGAUACAGCUUGCACAUUCGUGGUGGGUCUCCUCAGCAUCAGCUACAGGGGUUUUCUUAUCAGCUCCUGGAAAAUGUUUGGGCGAGGGCAUUGCCUGCAGCUCAGUGCACUCAUUUCUCAAUUCUCCAGGCAGCCUCGUCCCUCACUGCAGCUCUGGAGGACUUUGUAACACCUGAGCACCUGGAUGGUGAAAACUGCUUUAAAUGCAGCAAGUGUGAGAAGAAUGUUGCCGCCACCAAGAGGUUCACUGUCCACUGUGCACCCAAGGUUCUCACAGUGUGUCUGAAAAGGUUUGACUGCUUCACUGGUGGGAAGAUCAACAAGGUUGUAGAGUAUCCGGAGUACUUGGAUCUUCGCCCAUACAUGUCUCAGGCGGAUGGAGAACCACUCCUCUACUCCUUAUAUGCUGUCCUGGUGCACAGUGGUGUCAGCUGUCAUGGAGGACACUAUUUCUGCUACACAAAGGCCAGCAAUGGCUUGUGGUACCGGAUGGACGAUGAGUCUGUGGAGCUGCAUUCCAUCGACGCAGUUCUCAGGCAGCAAGCCUACCUGCUCUUCUAUGCCAGAUGCUCUGAGCUGAGAACUGGAAAAAGGGCUGCUUCCUCACUGACACCAUCACAUGCCCCUGCCUUCCUCAGUCAGUGUGUGGCCAGCAGCAAGCAGGCGGCUUCUGUUGGACCCCAGGCUCUGACUGGGAGGACGAAGGGCAUGAAGUACAGCGGCAGGGAGCGGUCCCGCAGCAGAUCCCCUCUGUGGGGCAGAGAUCUCCGCAGCUGGUCUGUGGAGACCACGGACUACGACGACUCUUGGGAGAGAAGAACUGGUCCUCAGGGUCGUGACCGUGGUCCCAGGGCUAGUGCAGCUGCAAGGCCCUCCAGGAGGAUCUGCCACCAGUUUGUGCAGUCCACAGACUACCGCCCCUCAGAGAAGAAGAGGAGGAUUUCCAUGCCCCAGAGAUUCACGUCAGACAAGCAUUCAGGGCACUCUGGGAAUGAUGGCGUUGGAUUACGGCCCUGGCUCAAGCAGAACGGAAGACUAGCACUGCGUUGA